UCUGUGUUAAACUGUGUAGUUAUGAAUGGGGGCGUAUCAUCAUUGUAACUAAAUCUUAAUCUUUUAAAUAUAUUUCAUUUGUUUAGUGAAAACAAAUUAAUACUUUUAUGAUUUAGGAUGAAGAUUUAUUUUUACAUUAUUUUAUAUUUCCGUUUUAAUAAUUAUAACUAUUUUCAAUAUCUUUCAUACUAAUUUUGAUAAAUAUUUUUUUGUAUAUUUUGUAAACACGGUGGUGAAUAUUUUUGAAUUUAAAUGAAUUUUACUCUAAGUAUGAGUCACGGAGUUGAAUAAUAUUGUAACAAAAUUGAUAAAUAUAUCGUAAUAUAUAAUAAUAAAAAAUGGCUGAUAUGAUUCGUGGGAUGGGGGCCCCAAUUGGACCCCCAGUAAAGGAUAAGUUGGGUUCGCCUUCCACCGAGUCUGAAGAAGGAGGUGGUGAUUUAGCAGAACUUGCUGCAGAUCUUGAAUUAGAUGAAGCUGAUGGGCCCAGUACUAAUGGUGAACGGCAAGCAGUGCUUGCACCCCCAGAAACUGAAUGGUAUCAUGGCCGAUUGGACAGAUAUACCUCUGAAGAAAGAUUAUGGGCUGCUGGAAAACUGGGAAGUUACUUAGUUCGGGAAAGUGAUAGAAAGCCAGGGUCAUAUGUGCUGAGUUACUUGGGUCGCACUGGAAUGAACCACUUCAGAAUAACAGCAGUGUGUGGCGACUAUUAUAUCGGUGGUCGUCAGUUUGAUUCGCUGGCAGAGUUGGUUGGCUUUUACAGUCAUUGUUCCGAUUUGUUGAAACGAGAGCGACUAGUCGAGCCUGUUCCACCUCCCGAACCGGUUAAUGAUAAAAAGAGAGUUGUAGCAAUACUACCAUAUACCAAAAUGCCGGAUACUGAUGAGCUUACAUUCCAAAAGGGCGAUAUAUUUUUUGUUCACAACGAUAUGGGAGAUGGUUGGCUGUGGGUCACAGCACACAGAACGGGGGAACAAGGAAUGAUCUUCAGGGAGUUAGUCGAAGAUCUCGACCCAUCAAUCGAUCCGAACACGGUGUUCUCAUGGUUUCAUCCGAAUUGCACCAAGAGUGAAGCCGUAGAUAUGCUAGUCAAGGCUGGUCCAGGAAGCUUCCUCGUAAGACCUUCGGAUAACUCUCCCGGAGAUUACUCCCUAUUCUUCCACAUUAAUAAUCAGAUACAAAGAUUCAGGAUAGAGAAGAAAGGCGUCAGGUAUCUCAUGGGAGGCAGGACAUUUGAAUGCUUGGAUGCCGUCAUAAACAGAUACAGAAAAGAACAGAUUGUUGAAGGGCACACCCUUGGUCAGCCACUUAUAGCGGAAGGCCAUCAAAUAGAACCACAACAAAACACAACCGGAGCAGCAGCUGAGAAGAUUUACGCGACAUUACGCGAGUGCCGAGAUCAAAUAGGACUCAAGAAGAUGAAGGGCAUAAAGCACCAAGGAUAUUUGAAUAAGAAAUCUGAUAAAGGUGCUAAGAAAUGGAAAGCCCUUUACUUCGUAUUGCUGCAAGAGGGGACUGAUACACAUUUGUACUUUUAUGAUUCCCCCAAAAGAACAAAACCGAAGGGUUUGAUUGAUCUCUCAUGUGCUUAUCUCUACCAGGUCCACGAGUCAUUAUGGGACCGCGAGUUCUGUUUCCAACUGGUAGAGCGUGCCUUACCGUGCCUGUCGACGCACACGUUUCUAGCCGCUAAUUCUGCGAGCGAGGAGCGCGCCUGGCUAGAGGCUCUGCGGCCGCUUUGCGUACCGCAACAGGCGAGACACCAGUGCAAGGUGGCGCGCGUGGUGUGGCUGCGCGCGCUGCGCGUGCGCUGCCUGACGGCGCACCGGCUGCCCGCGCGCCUGGCGCCGCGCCCGCACCUGCGCCUCGCGCUCGGCGCCGCGCCAGUCGCGCGCACGCGCCCGCGGCCUUCGCCCGACCCGCACUGGGACGACGAGUUCGUCUUCGAUGAUGUGCCUCCAGAUGUGACUUCAUUCACUAUUACAGUUCAUAAUACUGGGAAGAGAGGGAAAGAAUCUGAGGUCGCAGAGUUGACAAUAGAACUGGCAAAUUUAGCCAACGGUGAAGAGACUGAGGAAUGGUACCCUCUAGCAGGCAUGACACCAAUAGGAGAAUGGGGUUCUUUAAGACUGCGUAUUAGGUAUAUGCAAGAGUUAGUAAUGCCACGCGAAGAAUACAAUCCUCUCCGUCAGCUAUUAUUGGAACCUGGAUUGCCUGCGGUCAAGGCUUUGGCAGAUUUGUGCCGUACUGAUAGACAGCCACUUGCAACUUCAAUUUUGCACGCGUUCUCCGAAUGCGGUCGCGGUGCGGAGCUAGCACGCGAGCUCGCCGGUGCGGAAGUGGCCCGCGAACCUGAUCAUCGCGCCAUGUUCCGCGCGGCAUCACUCGCCACCGCUGUCGUCGACCAGUUCAUGCAUAUGCAGUGCAAGCCAUUCCUCCAGGCUGCGAUAGCUGAAACUAUUCAGAAAUUAAUAGAUGCAAAGCAGUCCGCCGAGCUGAACCCCACGAAAAUGGAUUCGCCCGAAGACGCAUGCAAUAAUGCUGAGUUUUUACUUAUGAUUCUCGAUCAGAUCACGCUAUCGAUAUUCACGUCGCCGGAGGCGUGCCCGCGGCCGCUGCGCUACCUGUGCGGCUGCCUGCAGCGCGCCGCCGUCGCCAAGUGGCCCAACGAGCGCUUCGUGCGCACCCGCGUCGUGUCCGGUUUCAUUUUCUUGCGGCUGAUCUGCCCGGCGCUGGUGGAGCCGCGCGCGUGGGGACUGGUGGCGGCCGCGCCGCCUCCUCACGCGCAGCGCUCGUUGCUCAUGGUUGCCAAGUGUCUGCAGAACCUCGCCAACCUCGUCGAGUUCGGCGCCAAGGAGCCGUAUAUGGAAGUGGUCAAUCCAUUUAUUCUGAAGAACAAGGAACGCAUGGUCGUAUUUUUGGACCAGCUGAGCAAUGUGCCUGACCCAGGAAAUCCUCCGCCUAAUACCAAUAAUAACUUCGAUAUUGCUAAAGAACUAGCAACCCUUCAUCACAUCUGUGUAUCGCAUCUGACUGAGCUGCAGGCCUUAGCGAAAACUCAACCGGCCAUCCGGAAACUGGUUACAGUAACAGAGAUGCUCACCAAACACAAGCACAAGUAUCUGGAGAUGAUCAGAUAGGAUACGCCUACACACAAUACAGGGUAACAGGCCGUAACUGCAUUUGCAGCGGUAGUGUAGUCAUAACUUCACGAGGUCUCCGGCAUAGGAGUAAGAUAAUUCUUUAGUCGUAUAUGCGUAGUCAUUGUUAGCUGGUUAGCAUAUGAGCGUUAUGUUGCGUUCUGCAUUUGGAAUAAUUUUUGUGCUUCCUCGUGCCAAACUUGUAUUUGGGCUUCAAUAUUCAGCGCAACAAUGCUGGAUGCUGUAUUUGGGAUAAAAUAAUGUUAUUCACCCAAAAUUGCCUAAUUUUUUUGUAAUUUCGACUUUUUGUAAAUGAUUUUGUUGAUGAAAUUUUUCCAACAAUAUUUUACAUAUAGACAUAUGUUAUUAUUAUUACGCUAUCGAAAAUAUAAAAUUUGUUGUAUCCGGCGACAUUACCCUCGUGAAUCAGUAUAUAAAGUGUCUUAUGUGCUAUGUUAGGAUAUAACUUGCUCGUGUACCACAUUUCAAUUAAAUUUAUUCAACCUUUAAUAAUGAUUAAAUAAAUAAUAGUCAAUCAUUACUGAAUAAUAACAAUACAUCUUUAAAAAUUUCACCAUUUGUGAUACUAGUAGGAUAUAGAGUGCAAUGAAAUCGAAAUCAUUAUUAUCUUUUAAUUUUUGCAUUUUUCUCUAAGAAAUGUGGAUUUAAGAAUGACCAAAAACCUUUCAUACUAACACAGCACGUUCUCCUAUCAAAUUAGUAUAGAUUUCUCUAAAGUUUUUUGUUGCAUUUACAUCUCUUAUAUCCACUUUUUUUUUGUGAAGAUGUUCCGUUUUCUUGUACACUCCCUUAAAAUGUUAUUGAUUAAGCUAGAAAUAAAUAAGAUAUCCAUAAAUAUACAUGAUACUAAAAAACAUUAACACUACUGAUACUGAAAGUGCAUUUCUAGCUUAGUUAAUUCAUUUUCAUACAAUUCUAUAUAUUUGAUAGCGUUAAUAUGAACAUUAAUUAUAGCAUCAAUUAUAGUUGAUGCCAUAUAUGAAAUAUUAUAAUUUCAUACAUAGAAUCAAUUAUAAUUUAUUAUAUUUAGUAUAUAAUUUAAGCUUUUUCCGAAUUGGUACCUAAUUUAAAAAGAAGACAAAGUUCGAUAAAGAGACAUGUAUAUAACAGAACCUUUGACGAACAAAAUUUAAUUAAUUAACUAACACAGUUACAUAUUUUCAAAUGUAGGAAAACAUUGCCAUCAGGCAAAAUUACAAUCUUAUUUUAAUGAAAGCAUCACAAACGGCUGAAUUAUUUAUUGUAAUACAUUUCAUAUUUAGUUGGUUCAGCAAUCCAUUAAUAUUUGUUACAAUAAAGUAUUAAUUUAAACAUCUAUUUUAGAUUUUAAAGUAAUCCUUUUAUAUAUAUGCAUCAAUUAAAAUUUAUAUUAAAGUAUUAUUAUUCUCAGUUAAUAUUACACUAGGUCAACACGUACAAGCAUUUAUGUUUUUAGCAUUUAAUCAACCAAGUUGGGCAUUGUGCACCAAUUUGUGUUGAAGCAUACUUGCUAAAAUGAAAGUGUAAACAUUAACAUGCUUGUACAUGUUCGCCACCUCUUAUAUUAGUACAUGUAAUCCUAGAUAUAGUUUUAGCUUAAUGUUUUGACCAUCACUCAUAAGACACCAAAAAUGUACUAGUGAAUAUAUGAAUGUGAUAGAUGAGGGUCAUAGAAUGGUGUUCUUUAUAAAAUUGAUCUAUAAAUGUGACAAUGCACAUACAAUUAAUGCAGUGCACCAUGAUUAUAAUUAUUAAUUCUCUGUGAUAAUUAUUAAUUAUUCCUUCUUGAAUAAUAAUUGCAUUUUUCUGUGAUUUUAUUAAAAUUUUGAUUUUAUGUUAACAUAAUUUUACCAUUUUUAUGUUCUGUGACGUUAUUUAUUUAUUCUGACACUAAAUAGUGUCAAUCGAAAUCGAUAAGGAAGUAUUUUUGUUGUAAACUUCUAUGAUUAAUUAAAUUUCGAGAUCUUCCUUCUUUUCCCCUUGCUCAAAUAACAUUAUAGUCGAUGGUUUAUAUUUCUAGUGCCAUAUAAAUUCGUACUUAUUUUAUUGUAAUCUAUUUGCACUAUUAGCUUUCAUGCAUCACAAUUUAAUAUAUUUAAUGUUGGGCAUUAUAAUAAAGUGUCACAGUUGAGCUCGAUUUUUUAACGUGGUUCAUGUGAGUAAUUUUUUAUUUUCAAUUUAUUUUUACUAAUUUCGCAUAAAGAACUGAACUAGUAUGAACAAAGAUUUUUGUAUUAAUUAGAGUACAUAUUUAAUUUAAUUAUAAGGAUGUAUAUUGUAGUUGUUUAUUAACGACUUUACACACAAUUUUGCGGCACUACUAAUAAUCGCAGCGAGUAUGGACACACUCCAUUUUACAAAAGUAUCACGGUAGUAAAUAUAUCUAGUCUUUGGUAUGGGUGUAACCACCAACACUGCUUUGUUAUAGUUCUCCAUGCUACUGCCACUGAAGGAGGCGAAAAUCUUUACAGAUUUUUAAACUUUCUGUUUCUUUGAAUUUAAUUUAUAAUCCUUUUAUUCGCCUUUGAGUAUCAAACUUUGAACUAAUUCAUAGUUAUUAGCGGCCUUAUCCUGAGUAAAAUAAGCUGAUACAUUCAGAUUUUUAUUGGAUUUUUAUCAAUAAUUAUUUUUACCAAUGAAGCAUAACGUAUUAAAUUCUCUAUGUAAAUUA